AUGAAGCUGUUUGACGUGACAAAUGAAUUAGUUAAGUCUUUUAGACGAAUUCGAUCUGAAUUGAAUGAUCCAGCAUCAAUCAAUUUAAGACUGCGUAUUGUUGGUGCAAGGGACACAACAUCUCGACAGUAUGAACUUCCAACUGGUUCAGAAUUGGAGGGCCUGAAGAGGAUCACAAGUGUACACCCGAAGUUUGAUGCUUUGCAUUUUCCGGUUCUUUUCCCAUACGGAGAAGAUGGAUUCCAUGUAACCAUACCGUAUGAUCCUGUUCAUACUCCCAAAACAUUGAAAAGGAAACAUGUGACUCAGAGAGAGUACUAUGCUUACCGGCUUCAGCACAGAGACGACGAAGGUCAGACAUUGAUGCGAGGUGGGAAGGCACUUCAACAUUACGUGGUUGAUGCAUAUUCCACAAUUGAACAAAACCGACUCUAUUAUUUGCGAUCGCAUCAAGAAAACCUCCGUUCUGAACUAUACUAUGGAGAUGCUGUUGGCCAUGUUGUUCUGCCAUCAUCGCAUACUGGAAGUCCUAGGUACAUGAAGCAACUAUACUUAGAUGCAAUGGCUGUUGUCCACCAUCAUGGCAGCCCCGACCUAUUCAUAACCUUUACGUUUCAGAAACGGGGUUUGCCCCAUGUUCAUAUACUUUUAUGGUUGGAUGCAAAGAAUAAGCUACGACAAGCUUCUGAUAUUGAUGCAACUGUUAGUGCUGAACUGCCAGAUCCAUUACUAGAUCCAAUUGGGUAUGAUGCUGUGACAAAGUUUAUGCUGCAUGGUCCGUGUGGUCAAGAUAAUCCGACCAAUGUUUGCAUGAAAGAAGGAUCGUGUUCAAAGUAUUUUCCAAAACCGUUUAAUUCAGAAACUACAACGGACCAGUUUGGCUAUACAGUCUAUCGCCGUCGCGAUACAGGUAUAACAGCAGUGAAAGGUACAGCUAUACUAGACAACCGGUUUAUCGUUCCAUAUAAUCGGAAUUUACUUGUGCUGUUUCAAGCUCAUAUCAAUGUCGAGGUCUGUCAUCAAGGCCGCUUGAUUAAAUAUUUGUUUAAGUACAUUACAAAAGGGCCUGAUAGGAAACAACGGCUGUCUCGAAUACUUGCCCGCGAUUCUGUUUCAGAGACAACAUUGACACAAUGGUUUUACCUUAACCAACGAGAUCCAACUGCAAGGGAUCUACUUUAUGCCGAGACUCCGAAUCGUUAUAUAUGGAAUGUGAAAACAAAAAAAUGGGCUCCGCGGAAAAGAGGGUUCUCAAUUGGAAGAAUUGUCUAUAUCCAUCCAGGUUGUGGUGAUACAUUUUAUCUCAGACAACUUCUUACCAAAGUUCGUGGGUCAGUUAGUUAUGCAGAUCUUCGACAGUCCAUGGAUUCCCAUGUAGAAACAUACCAAGAUGCGUGCCAGCGCCUUGUCUUUUGUCUAAUGAUGAUGAAUGGUUACUUGUGA